CCCGUGAGGAACGUGGCCCCCGCGGGCGCGCCGGGCAAGUGCAAUUCCCAUGCCCGGGGCGGCAGACAAAGAGCGGCCCGAGGCGCCCGCCCGGAGCCCGAGAUCGCGGCGGCAUCGCCGGGGAGGAGCCAGACCCGGCUGCCCCGGGGGCGGGGGACAGCUUGGGACCGUAUAAAAGGCGCGUCCCGCCAGAAGAGCCCGGCGUGUUUGGAGCAGCGGCGAGUGGUGUCACUGUGGGAGGCGCGGCUGCGACAGCGGCAACAGCCUGAGAGCGCGGAGCCGUCCGAUGGCUCUGAGCAUGGACAGCAGCCUCGACAGCCUGGAUCUGUCCUCUGGGUUAUUAAUUGAACUUUCUGAAAAUGGCACAGAUGAGAUUGGUUCGGGUGACUAUGGAGACUAUGAAGAGCCAUGCUAUCAACAUGAGAAUGCCGAUUUCAACCGGAUCUUCUUGCCAACAAUCUACUCCAUCAUCUUCCUAACUGGAAUAAUUGGCAAUGGAUUGGUUACUAUUGUUAUGGGCUACCAGAAGAAGCAAAGAAGCAUGACUGAUAAAUACAGGCUGCACCUCUCUGUGGCUGACCUCCUUUUUGUCAUCACCUUGCCAUUCUGGUCUGUGGAUGCAGCCAUAGGCUGGUACUUCGGGAAUGUUCUGUGCAAGGCUGUUCAUGUCAUUUACACAGUCAACCUCUAUAGCAGUGUCUUGAUUUUGGCCUUCAUAAGUUUAGAUCGUUACCUGGCAAUAGUCCAUGCCACCAACAGCCAGCGCCCACGAAAGCUCUUGGCUGAGAAGGUGGUGUAUGUAGGCGUGUGGCUGCCAGCUGUGCUUCUGACAGUGCCCGAUUUAAUCUUCGCCAGUACCAGUGAAGUCGAAGGAAAGUAUCUCUGUGAUCGCAUAUACCCUCAUGAAAACUGGCUGAUCUCAUUCAGAUUCCAGCAUAUCUUGGUAGGACUUGUCUUGCCUGGUCUAAUAAUCCUGACUUGCUACUGUAUUAUCAUAUCCAAGCUGUCACACUCCAAAGGCCACCAGAAGCGCAAAGCCUUGAAGACCACGGUUAUCCUCAUCCUCGCCUUCUUUGCCUGCUGGCUGCCAUAUUACAUUGGCAUCAGCAUCGACACCUUCAUCUUGCUGGGAGUCAUCAGACACCGCUGCAGCUUGGACACCAUACUGCACAAAUGGAUCUCCAUUACAGAAGCUCUGGCAUUCUUCCACUGCUGCCUGAAUCCAAUUCUGUACGCCUUCUUGGGUGCCAAGUUCAAAACAUCAGCUCAAAAUGCCUUGACAUCAGUUAGCAGAGGAUCAAGCCUCAAGAUUCUUUCAAAAGGCAAACGUGCAGGACAUUCUUCUGUUUCUACAGAGUCGGAGUCUUCGAGUUUCCAUUCCAGCUAACGCUGCUCCUUGCCAUCAUUUUAUAAAGAGACACUUUAAAGCUGUGCAAGAUUUCAGACAAAUAAGACUGACCAUAAUGUACAGAUUUAUUUACAGCUGGAAUUUUAUAUUGUUUCUUUUAGUCUCUGUGAAGUUUAAUUGACUUAUUUAUAUAAAAAACCUUUCGUAUUGACGACAAACUGUCUAGGCAGGUCCUGUGGACAAGUGGUUGGUUCACAAAAGUUUUAGUGACUGUAUGUAUAGAUAUGUGAACUAAACACUUUGGAUUGUAGCAAAGUGACUGUUAAAAGUUUAGAAAAUAUUUCUCUGUUGUUUAUAUGUAAAUGUUUUUGGUGUUGCUGUUAUUCUUAAAAGUUUGCCUGGAUAUUUUUACCUUACUACAAGAUGUUUGGUUUACAAUAGCUUAACUCUGCUGUAGAAAUGGCACUUAUAACCAAAGCCUCCUGUUACAUGCUAGGGUUUUUCCCUCCAUUCUCAGUAAUUGAUGGUUUGCAAAAUUUUCUGUUCAAGGUAAAAUAAAAGU